AUGAGUCCCAGCACAGCUUCAGAUCCCGCUGGCACGCCACAAGGUCCCUGGCAGCGGGACGGCCAUGGGCACGUGGAUGUGAAGGACGCGGUGCUGAAGGAGGUUGACCUGAGCCACAUGACCUCGUGCGCGCCGCGCGUCAAAGACGCGGCGGAUUACGAGAGGGAGGAAGACGCGUACUGGGCCGCUGAGUCGCCCAUGGCUGCCGCCCUGGCGUCGUCCAACCCUCCAGUGCAGCCGGACUAUAAGGAGGCCCUGUACGACCUCGCAAAUCACAGCUGGCGCCAACUCGGCGACGUCCACGUCAUCAGCGAGGGAGAUGACGUUAGAGCAAGCGACGAGAAACCCGUUGUGGCGAGCACGCGUUGUCGUGUUGCAGAAGCUCUUAUUCCGGAGCACGGUCACCCGCAGACUCGCCAGUCUUCGCAGCAGCAACCGCGCGGCAGCGUUGGGCUUGCGCCCAUCCAAGGAGUCAUGGCCGCUGGCGUUGCCAGGCUUGACGGGUACGGUGACCCCGAGCCGUGGGUUUGGGGGGAGGCACGAGCCUGUGCGAGUGAGGCGGCUGCUUUAGAGCGCUCUGCAAGUGUCGGAGGCGCGUCGCGCAACACUGUCCAGUGCGGCGCCACGAUCCGUUCUUGCAUCCAACACCAGCCGCCGGUCCUGCACGACCGCCGCUCCUCUGGCGACUUCUCGCUCUUCCACUUCCCCGUGCUGCCCCGUGGAAGCGCCCCUGUUCACGAGGCACCGCCAGUCGAGAGCAACGCUUGCCCUCGCACCCACACUGCUUGGACUGGCAUCGGGCCGGCGGGCGGCGGGGAGAGCGAGUACCGGCUCUUCUCCAGAGGCUCCAAGGGCGGCAGGCCGGGCAUGGCCACGGUUCGCAUGGGAAGGGCAGGAGGAGAAGGCUUCGGGGGGCUGUCUGUCAAGGCGAGGCACAGAGGCCUGGUGGGUUGGAUGAAAGGCGGAACACCAAAUGGCGACUCGGCCCCUGGAGUGUGGCUUCUGUGCAGAUGA